AAAUCAGAAAUGUAAUCUUGUAGGGGAAAUGUAUAUAUAUAUUUUUUUGACAACUGGUGUAUUAUAUAUUUUUCUUAAAGGGUCGUCAAUCAAUACACUACUUGAAUUGGCGGAUUAAACUGGAAUUUGGAGGACACAAAUCGCUCAAAGAGGUAUAGGAGGAAGUAGAAAGGGGUGCAGGAGGAAGCAGGGUCUGUGUGGUGAAGGUUUGCAGACCGGGUGACCCCCAUCCCAACUCAUGACUCACGCGCGGGGGCGGAGACUUCAUAUCGGAUUCACCCGCACCGGGAGGACCGUCCUGUUCUCCCCGCGCGGACUGAUUCUGUUCGAAAGCUAACGUCGGGAGCGAAACCUUUUUUUGUUGUUUUUAUUUACGCCUAUGUUUACAAUGUGAAGAAAAUGUCUGAGAAAAGCUCUGAUUGGGUGGAGAUCCUGGAGCCGCGCUCCCGUGAACGCAUGUAUGUGAAUUUGACGACAGGGGAAUGUGGCUGGGAUCCUCCUUCAGGUGUUCCUGUUCGCCAGGCAGAUGGUAACCAGUGGUGGGAGCUGUUCGACACUCACAGUGGCCGCUUCUAUUACUACAACUCCACUGGGCCCCGUACUGUCUGGCAUCGACCCCAGGGAGCCGACAUAGUGCCCCUCUCCCAGCUCCAGGCCAUGAAGCGAUGCAACGAGGCCAAACGUGUUGGAGGGAGUGACGAGAAGCACCGCCAUGGAACCACAGGGAGUAUCGGCAGUCCCGGGAGCCAGGAGAUGCACACUCCUCUACCUGAGCAGGAGAGUGAUGUCCCUGUAACCAGUGUCCAGACACCCAGCACAGAAAAUGCCAACUCUGAGCUGGACCCAACAGUUGAUCUCAGAUCAAAGGGAGAUGGAAGCAGCCUAGAAGACAGCAAGGAUUUCAGCAAAGACACACCCAGGGACACUUCUCAAAGAUGGCAACCAGCACCUGGUUCUAAAGCAGCCAUGUUGGUGAAGGUGAACAGCAUGAACCGUAGCCAGCCCAACCCAGCAUUACAGCAGCUUGGUGCACACAGCAAAGCAAUUACCUUAAAUCUGAAUCCCUCCUGCAAUAAGACCCAAGAAGGACAUCUGAGCUCCAGUCAGGGAUAUAAAACUGCUCCUUCUGGCAAAGAGACUGGAGAAAUGCACCAAACCCAUCACCUGAGAAAAGCCAGCAAUGGCAGCUUCUGCUUGGUGACUGCAGAUAGUAGCCAUCCCAGCCCAAUCCUUCAAAGGUCACAGACCAGCACACCCCGCCCCAUCUCACCUCAGUAUGGCUUCACUGCUCCAAUCUAUGACGAGCCGGUUAAAGACAUUCCCAUAUACGAUGAACCUCCUACAGACAUGGAGGUGGAGGGGGCACACUUGUGCAAUGGACAAUCUCUGUCUCGUUUGACAGCCGCUCAGAGUCUCCAGAAACCUUUAUACCUCCAGCACCCAGGUGUAUCUCAUUCAGGGUCCAGACACAGAAGAAAUCCAUCUGCGUCUGACUACAGCCCAGCUGGCCUGGAGUGCAUCAAGCACAUGGUCAACAUUGAUCCCAAGCAGGGGAACUCCACCAACUCUCUGGUGUCCAUACACGCCCCUUCUCCUACACCCAAACAAGACACUGUUCCGACCCAGCCACAAGCCCACUCUUUGCAACAGUCUCGAGGUCAGCUGAGGGACAGAGAGCCAGUGACCCCUGGCCCAAGUUCACUGGAUAAAAGGCAAAACUGGCGAGUCCUGGAGGCAACUGUACAACGUGCUAUGGAUGCACGACACAGCAGACAGAGCAGCCAGGCAUCUCAGGACUUCUCCUCAUCUACUCCACAAGCUACUGCUAACUAUCAAGACUCUGGUUACUCCACUGGCCCUUCCCCAAGUCUGAGAAGAAAGAGCAGGAGGAGGGUGGUCGCUGGAGGAGGCAGGCCGGGCUCAGUGGGCAGCAGUGGAGAGCUCUGCGCCCUCAAUGAGAGACUCAUGGCAGAAAUGAGGGAGGUUGUUAGCCGUUCAAACACCAUGAGGGAAGUCAGAGCAGGCCUGGACCCAGAAAAGGGAGAGAAGGGGGUCCUGACUCCGUCCCCUGCAGAUUCUCUCAGGUGGUAUGGUGCAGGAGCAGCAGUACCAACAGCCAGAUGUCCAUCAAGAGAAGAUGUUGCUGGAGCCUCCCGUUCUCUGAAAGGGACGGGUAACUAUGGGAACCCAGCCUUGACCCCUCUGGAAAUACAAGGGAGGCAGAAAAGGACAUACGAAAAAGUGGACACCUUGGAGAUGAGUAUAAGUAGCCAAGCAAGCUUGUCAUCACCAGAGACCCCAGGCCCACCCUCACAGGCGGGCACCCUAGAGCUGCAGGCUCAGUUGGAGAGCAAAAAGAAAGGUAUGGUGGACAGCCGGACUGCUUCACUGGGCCCUCAUCGUCCUGUUAACCACGAAAGCAGAGAGGGCGGUGAUGGGGCAGGGGCACGAGGAGGGGGGUCUGCCUUCCAGCUCUCCUACGCCACCCUGCGGCAGCCUCCGCCUUCUGAGAUGGGCAUGGAAGACUGGGCCAGCAAGCACCUCAACAUGCACACGCAAGGACUUUUCCGGCGCCGUGUCUCCAUCGCCAACAUGCUUUCCUGGAAUCGUGGCUCCAUAAAGAAACCCAUGCUGGUUACCAGCAAUCGUGCCAUCAGGAAGGAAGCCUGCGAGAUGUUCAAGCUGGUACAGGCCUACAUGGGAGACAGGCCAUCACGACUUGACCGCCGCCACUGCGCCCUGCUCAUUGUCACCAAGUGUUGGGACAUGCCAGGGCUACGGGACGAGCUUUACGUGCAGCUGGUAAGGCAAACAACAGCCAACGCAAGCCCAAGAAGCUUGGCAGCAGGUUGGGAGCUGAUGGCCGUCAGCUUGGCCUUCUUCGCUCCCUCGCCCAAGUUCCGCUGCUAUCUGGAGGGCUACAUCCAGAGACACACGGAGCCCAGCAGCGACAAGAAAUGUGAGUCUCAGACUGAGCUACAGGUGACACAGUUCAUUUUGGAACAGCAAGAAAUGAAGAUAAAGAAAAAUUCAAAGUCCAGAAAGAAGCGGAAACAGAACACAGAGGAAGAUGAAGGUCUAUCUAUCAGCACAUACGCCAAGUUUUGCCACCGGAAGCUGCUCAAGGUAGUGAUUACUGGUGGGAAAAAGGGUCUGCGUAAACCCACCUUGGAAGAGAUCGACCAUAGCAGAAGAGCCAUCAUCACCCCCUCCCUUUUUGGCAGCUCACUUGAGGAGGUGAUGGAGAGGCAAAGCGAACUCUUCCCAGACAGGAAGCUGCCUUGGGUGCAGGUUCAGCUGUCCCAGUAUGUCCUGGCUCUGGGUGGGGCUCAGACGGAGGGCAUCUUCAGGGUGCCGGGAGACAUUGAUGAAGUGAAUGCACUGAAGCUCCAAGUCGACCAGUGGAGGAUUCCUGAAAACCUCUCAGACCCUAAUGUUCCAGCCUCCCUAAUGAAGCUAUGGUAUCGUGAGCUGGAGGAACCCCUCAUCCCCAUGGAUUUUUACAAGCAGUGCAUUAGUAACUGUGACGACCCGGUAUUAGCUAUCACCGUGGUCCAGUCACUGCCUGAACUCAAUAGGCUCGUUCUCUGCUACUUUAUUCACUUCCUGCAGGUGUUUGCUCAGCCAUCUAACGUUGCCAUAACUAAGAUGGAUGUGAACAAUCUGGCCAUGGUGAUGGCUCCCAACUGCCUCCGAUGCCAUUCUGACGAUCCCCGGAUCAUCUUUGAAAACACGCGGAAGGAGAUGUCCUUCCUGAGAAUGCUCAUCGUUCACUUAGACACCAGUUUUAUUGAAGGGGUGGUUUAAACGGCGUCCACACGCAUAACGGUUACACAUUUAGAAUCAAACGUAAACACUGUCUUUGUUAUAGCUUCACUGGAAAUUGCUAGGGGGAGACAUCUCACCUUCUACAACCAGAAGAAUGAGAAAAAGACUUGAACUUUCAACAUUCUCUCCAGUGUUCUUAGUGAGAGACGAGAUGUUUUACUUUAGGUUUCUCUGUUUUGUUAGUUAAAUUCACAGUGACUGCAUUCAGUUGGUGCACCUUAAUGGAUCUCUUUUCAUACCAGUGCAUGUCAACCUUGUGUCUCUUUCUGGUAUAAAAAAAAUUAAAAUUAAAAUUUGAUUUGAAAAUUAAGACUUAAUUCAUAAAAAAUAAUUUGAGUAAAAAUCGUAAUUUCUAUUUGUAGGACUUUGACAACCAGCAUUUUGAUUCCAUUCACCUUUGUGGUAAAAGACGCUUCUUUUUGUAUGUACAGAGAAUUGACAGUAUAGAAAUUACAACAACUGUUGUAAUUGUCUUAUUAAUAAGCUUGCUUGUUCUGUUUUGCAGAUUAUUUGUUUUUCAUUGUGCAAGACCUAAAAAGUACAAAUUUCUUUGUUUAAAAUGCAAGAUAUGAGAAUGAGCCCAAAACAUUUUUUAAUAACUAUUGUGUUCUGAAACAUCAUAAUUCAUAAUAUAUAUAUUUCUCAAAAUAAGUUUAGACAACCAUAGAAGUCAGAUGGGAGUGUUGAGUUUAUUAUAUUUCAUGUUAUUGAUGUCUGCGUCUAGUCAAUUAACCAAUGAUACGGUUUUUCUUUUGUGUAAAAGAUAUUUUAAUUGAAUUAAUAUUUUGUUUGUUUUUAAUAAGUAUCUGGAUUUUUUGUUUGUUUUGUUUUGGCUCAGGUCUUAUGUAAAAAAUAAAAAAACGGGUUUCGGAUAUAAUAACUGUACAUGGUCUGUGCUUAUAUGUUUGACUUAACCCAUGUAGUUACAGUGGAGGCUUGUUUGACUGUCAAGCACUGCAAGAAUGUAAACUGAUUUUUUUUUUCAAUCACCUUUUAGGCUUUGGCAAUGUAAAUAAAGAUUUUGCGUGUAAUACAAGACUAACUUUCAUGAAGUAUGCUCUAACAAUAAAAGGGUUUAACUGUUCAUGUAAAGAGCAAAGAGUGUGUGUAACAUUUUUUCCCUGCUGUUAAAGCUUUUUUUCAAUUUAGCAAUAAUCAAACCCCUUUUGAGUUGUGUGUGCAUGUGUGUUUUGUGUUUACCAUUUAAAGAGGACAGUCAUUCAUAAAUAAAAGGUUUCUUCAACUGUAAAA